GCAACAUCGGUUGAAGUCCCACUUUCAAGAAUUUGAUCCCAGAAUCAUUUGCUACUUCCCAGCCAAUCCAAAACCCAUGACUUGCCACAGGAGGCGUUGAUAUGUGUUUGGGAUCCCAACUCUCUUUGUUUAAAAUCUUUCGACACAGCUACUCGAUUCUGACCGAGUACGAGUACACCAAAUUCUGCCAAGAUCAAAAUCCCGGAGCCGACUUUCGGCCGUACUACGACAAAGCAGAUAGAUGUAGCAAAUUCAUGACGAAUGAAUGGCUUGCAAAACUUGGCGACGAAAGCAUCCCCGGUCAAACACUGAGUGCGGAUGCCGACGGCUUGAGAAAGCGGCGGCUGUCGAGUUUGAAUGAUCUUCAGUGGACCGAUAUCGUUGAAGUCUGGCCUCCACACCCCGGACUAGAUAAGAGCACAUUGCCAUCUGAUAUGAAGCUGAAAAGUGGUCCCGGUAAGCUCACCACGAAUCCGCUCUUUGCUUGUGUCGAGCCUAACCUCAAAGCAGCUGAAAGAAUAAAACUCUUGGUUGAUCUGUCCCCGUACUUCACGGAGAAGAGUCAAGUGCCGAGAGAGAAGAUAAAAGGCGGUGGCCAUUUCAUCAAAUACAAAAUCUUCGUCCAACUGCUCCACGGCGAGAAAGCGGAGUAUUGUGUACAGUUCUUCAAGCCAGGAGAAAAGCAGUUGUCCUCGAUGCCUUUGCUUCAGUCUCCUGUGGAUCUCACAACGUUAUAUGAGAUUGGCUCUUGUCCUCGACGUAUCACAACGGAUGGAAGCAGUGUCGACGACCAGGUCGAAGCCUCCGCACCCAAAAUCAUCCAACAGUCCCUUCUCGAAUCCGCGACUGCCUCAACACAACUCAGAACCGAAAUGCUUCACCAGCAUACCGCUACCUCUCCAACUCCCACCGAAACCUGUCAAGACACCACCAAGCUCAAAGAGAUCGCAGCAGGAGUCCACAACUUCUCAAUCUUCGACACGGUCCCCGUAUCUCCACCACCUCCCGGAAUAAAAGCAGCCCCUCGUCGCGGAAUCUUCAACAAUUUAUCCACGACGCCGACAGCUCCGCGGCCGAAAAAUCUCACCGACCUCGGAAUUCCUGGUUUGAGUUCUAGUGCCAUUGCCGGUUUUUUGGCCCCGAAGGAUGCCAAUGCGAAGAUUGGGCAAUCUAGGACUGUGCAGCAGCCAGAGAACGAGGAAUGUAUCACUGUGGAGGUUGAAAGCGAGCCGGAUACGGCAGCAAAAGGUCGGGCGCUGAGGUCGAAGAAGAUUCAGGUCGAGCAGGCAGAAGGUGAACCUUUAAGAAAGGUGCGAUUUGCUCCCCUCUGA